GGAGAUUUAACUGAACACGUACGCUUCCUUCGGAUUGGCAUCUCACUUAAGAUGGCGGAAUACCCUGUGAAGUUCACUUCGCACUGACGGUCGAAUGGAACACACCCCAAGUCACCGCGUAGGUGACCAGAAAACAAAAGUAAAAGAAAACACGGAAGAGACGCCAGUCCGGAGGUAUAAAACAAAACACACCCAGCGUAUUUAACUCCGGAACAUGCUGUGGUAAUUAGCAGAUAAAUGCCUUGAAUCAGGAAAAAGAGCUGGGGAACACACAUCCAAAAUGCAUCACUGUGAGGAGAUAGAGGAGGACAGGAAGGAGAAAGAAGAGUAUGAUGCAGGAUCCAGCUGUGUGUCAAUGAAGAGUGACCAGUCCAUGCGCAACCCCAUUAUUUUCAGUGAUGGAGACGUGACAUCUGACCCCAGAUCUGUGCCAUCCACUUCAUCCCACUCUCAGAUCCAUAUCAGGCAGGACAAAACUGAAGCAGUCCUGCAGUCACACACACUGGAGACUGAAGACUUGCAGAGAGUCAAAGACCAGCACAAAACCAGCAUGAAGAACAAGUAUGAGAGAUUAUUUGAGGGAACCAAACUCCAAGAGAAUGAAACCCUCCUGAGCAGGAUCUACACACAGCUCUACAUCAUAGAGGGAGAGAGAGAAGGAGUGAAUGAAGAACAUGAGGUUUUACAGAUGGAGAAAACAGCCAGAACACCACACUCACAAGAUACUCCAGUCGACUGCAAUGACAUCUUUAAAGCCUCAUCUGAACCAGGAUGUGAGGAGAAAGACCAAAUCAAGACUGUUCUUACUAAAGGCAUCGCUGGAAUUGGAAAAACUGUCUCUGUGCAGAAGUUCAUUCUGGACUGGGCCGAGGGAAAAGCCAAUCAGGAUGUAGAUUUCAUGUUUGUGCUUCCAUUUCGAGAGCUGAACUUGAUCAGAGAUCAUCAGUACAGUCUUCACAGACUUCUGCUGGACUUUCAUCCUGAACUUCAAGAUCUGGACUCAAAGAUUUAUGAGGAGUGUAAAGUUGUGUUCAUCUUUGAUGGUCUGGAUGAAAGCAGAAUACCAUUGAUGUUUUCAGAUACUCAGAAAGUUUCUGAUGUGACUGAGAGUUCGUCAGUGGGUGUGUUGAUGUCAAACCUCAUGAAAGGAGAGUUGAUUCCCUCUGCUCUCAUCUGGAUCACCUCCAGACCAGCAGCAGUCAAUCAGAUCUCCAAAUACAUGAACCGUCUGACAGAAAUUCAGGGAUUCAAUGAGCCUCAGAAGGAGGAAUAUUUCAGGAAGAGAAUCAGUGAUGAGCAUCAAGCCAGCAGAAUCAUCUCACACAUCAGAAGAGCAAGAAGCCUCCACAUCAUGUGCCACAUACCCGUCUUCUGCUGGAUCUCAUCCACUGUGCUUCAGAAGCUCCUGAAAGAAGAUCUGAGUGCAGAAAUCCCUCAAACUCUGACUGAAAUGUACAUCCACUUCCUGCUGAUUCAGAUCAACAUGAGGAAUCAGAAGUAUGAAGAAAGAGAUUCAGAGAAACUCCUGCAGUCCAACAGAGAAGUGAUUGUGAAACUUGCUGAAGUGGCUUUCAAACAGCUGAUGAAGGGCAAUGUGAUGUUCUAUGAGGAUGACCUGAGAGAGAGUGGCAUAGAUGUCACUGAUGCCUCAGUGCAUUCUGGGAUUUGCACUGAGAUCUUUAAGGAGGAAUCUGUGAUUAAUCAGAGGAAAAUAUACAGUUUCAUUCAUUUGAGCGUUCAGGAGUUUUUCGCUGCUUUCUAUGUGUUUUACUAUUAUGUUAUAAAAAAUUUUGACAUAUUACAGUUUUGUGAUGUGAUGUAUAAUCUGCAUAGGGAUGCAACAGAUAAAGCUCUUGAAAGUGAAAAUGGACACCUGGAUCUGUUUCUGCGGUUCCUGCUGGGCAUCUCACUGGAGUCCAAUCAGAGACUCUUGCAGGAUCUACUGUCACGCACAGAGAACAGCUCAGAGAGCAUCAGGAGAACCACACAGUACAUUAAAGAGAAGAUCAAAGAUGGACAUGGAGUCUCCACUGAAAGAUCCAUCAAUCUGUUCCUCUGUCUGCUGGAAGUGAAAGAUCAGACUCUGUCCAGAGACAUUCAAGAGUUUGUGAAAUCAGACAAACUCUCAGAGAAGAAACUCUCUCCUGCUCACUGCUCGACAAUCACCUAUGUGCUUCAGAUGUCAGAGGAGGUGCUGGAUGAGCUGGAUCUCAAGAAAUACAACACAUCAGAUGAGGGUAGAAGAAGACUGAUACCAGCUGUGAUCAACUGCACAAAAGCCCUUCUUGCUGGCUGUAAUCUCACUGGUCAGUCAUGUGAAAUUGUGUCAUUAGCUGUUCAAUCCCCACACUCUGUCCUGAAAGAGCUGGAUCUGAGUAACAAUGACCUGCAGGAUUCAGGAGUGAAGUUGAUUUCUGAUGGUCUGAAGAGUGCAAAAUGUCAGCUGGAGAUACUGAGGUUGUCUGGCUGUAUGGUGACAGAGGAAGGCUGUGGUUAUCUGUUUUCAGCUCUGAGUUCAAACCCCUCACACCUGAGAGAGCUGGAUCUGAGCUACAAUCACCCAGGACGAUCAGGAGUCCAGCUGCUCAAUCACAAACGAAAUCCAAACUGCUCACUGCAGAUACUCAAUUUGGACCAUGGAGGAGAUAUCAGGAUCAGACCAGGAUUGCAAAAAUAUGCCUGUGAUCUCACACUGGAUCCAAACACAGCACACACUCAACUCAUCCUGUCUGAAGAGAACAGAAAAACGACAUUUGUGAAGGAGCAUCAGCCGUAUCCUGAGCAUCCAGAGAGAUUCGAGAGCCAGGAGCAGGUUUUGUGUCGAGAGAGUCUGUCUGGACGCUGUUACUGGGAGGUUAAAUGGAGUGGAUCGGGUCAUGUCGCAGUGGCAUAUAAAGGAAUCAGCAGGAAAAGUGGGAUUGACUGUUGGUUUGGACUCAAUGAACAGUCCUGGAGUAUGUACUGUUCUGAUAUGAAUUACACUGUCUGGUACAAUAAUAAGAGCACUGAUGUAUCUGGCCCUUCAGCCCGUUCUAGUAGAAUAGGCAUCUUUCUGGACGUGUCGGCCGGCACUCUGUCCUUCUACAGCGUCUCUGACACACACACACUCACACACAUUUACACAUUCAACACCACAUUCACUGAACCCCUCUAUGCUGGAUUUGGGGUUUAUCCUGAUUCUUCAGUGUCUCUGUGUCAGAUUUAACAUUCUCCUGUGAGGAAAUACAUUUCCACCUCAGAGAAAAACAAAACAUAAAUGUUAUUGAGAUUUCAAAUCUUUCCACUGCAACUGUUUCACAAUUGUGACAUCAAUUAAUAGUCACAAGUGCAAAUAAUAAAGUUUCAGUUAUGAGCUAUAGUCACAUUGUAAUGUAUGAGAUCGCUUUUUGAAAAUAAGUCACAUUGUAAUAUAAAUUUGCAGUGUAAAAAGUAGUUGCAGAUUUGAGAUUUAAAGUCACAUUGUAUGAUAUAAAGUCACAAUUACCAGAAAUAAAUUCCCAAAUUAUGAAAUACAAAGUCACAGUUGCAAAAAAACAAAUGAAUCAAAUUCUGCAUUUCACAGGGAUAUUGAUCAUUGGCAAUUAAAAAUAGAGCACUAGACUCUGGCUGUGUUUCACUCUAUUGAAGACAGUGGUGUUCAGCACAUCAACAAGGUUCCCCUUCAAUGAGCUAUAGAGGGCAACUUCCACAGGUGCAAAUAAGAGAUGUGAUUGGUCAGAUGUUCUGUCAUAUUGCUAAUGUAACUGAUAUAGAAAUUAUAUUGUUAAAUAUAUUGAGUAGAAUUAAUACAAAGUCAUGUUCAUGUCUGCUACCUGGUAUAGCUGUCUAUGUGUGAAUGUUUCCCUUUAACCCCUCAUGGGUAUUUUCAGAGUUUAUUUUCUGAGUUACACAAAUAAAAUGACUUUUAACUCCAAAACCAUAGCAAGAAGAGUCAAAAUUUUGGUUUCGUUUUAAAUUAUUAAAUAAAAUAAAUAAAUAAAUAAAUAAUAAAAUAUAUAUAAUAAAUUUGGACAUUCUCAUGCAAAACUGCAAAAAAGGGAAAAUUUCAUCAUCACACGCAUGUGUCGUGCUGCUAACGUGCAGCGGCGGCCGAUAAUGAGCCGACCUCCAGAGGUAAUCCUGAAAGUGGUUCAUUUUUCUGUCUAUGGAUGAGGCAUAUACCUCUCGGAUUUCAUCAAAAAUAUCUUAAUUUGUGUUCUGAAGAUGAACGAAGGUCUUUUUUGGGUGAACUAACCCUUUAACUCAUGUUUAUAAUGUGAUUUUUAUUAACUGUUAUUAGUUUUUGUAAUUUUACUAUUUGAGUUAUAUUUUUUAUCUUUUAUCUAAAUGUGGGUGAUCAUAUUGUAUGUUUGUUUUUGCGUUGGGGACCCUUUUGCACCAUGAUUGCAUGGGAUAGACAGGACAUUUAAGGCACUCACAAAAUCCUGUUGCCCUGUGUUUAAGUGACCAAUGCCACUCAAUAUCUACACAAUGCAACGAAGUUGUAGUUUCUUCUAACUGGUUUCGUGAACUCCAGCUACAUCCGUCAAACUUGCCAUGAUCCACUGGUUACACUAAAUGAAUGAAUUACUGAACCCUUCACAAUAUAAUGUGAAGGCUCACACAGUCAUGAUGAACUAUCACAAAAUAAUGCUUCUUACUCUCUCUGUUAGACAGGAGAGAUUAUGUUGAUCCAUUUGAAGUAAUUGAGCUUUUAUAUUUUAUUUAUUAAAUAUAAAUUAUAAUUUAUUUAUUUAUCAAAGGGGGAAAUAAUGUUUAUGGAAAUAAGGUUAAUGUUUCAUUACUUCUUCAUUAGUUGUUUUGCUAUCCUGAUUUUUGUCACUCCUUCUCUGAAUGGUUUGAAUGCAGGUCACAGGUAUCAGGUAUCAAAUGUUGUUAUUGUGUGUUUCAGUGGAGACUUCAGUUCAUCAAAGGUGAUGGUCUGUAGAAACACUCUGGCUCUUCAUGUGAUCUUAUAAAAGCUACUGUAGAUGUCCUCACUGUUUCAGAGGAUCCACAGACUCACUUUCAUCCUGCUGGAUUGUCAGCAAUUGUUAAGUCAAUGUGUUUCUCCCUGAUCAUUUACAUUUAAUCAUUUAACAUGAUCAAUGGAUUGGUUUUGUCAAAACAUUUGGUCAGUCAAUAUAAAAAUGUGCUUCAUGUGGGAAGAGCUAAAUGAACCUCCAGGUUUUAUUCUACUAAACAACUGAUAACAUGACUGAAUCAAGCUGACUUUAGUAGAUUGCAGUAGUGGAAGUAACAGGUGAAAAUGUCUCUUUACUGUAACAUCUGCACAGUGUAACACUGGGUUACUGGUUUUCUUCAAUAAAUCUUUGCACAUUGUGAAUCACAA